GUAGGCUUGAGGAAUAAAAUUUGUGUAAAAAUUUCGGAAUUGUAGUUUUCCAUUUUUAUAAUUAAAUAUACUCGUAAUAUACAAUUAUAAUAUUCUUAAGUUUAAGGGUUAGGAUGCCAAAGUCAAUUGAUAAAUACAUUUACAUAAAAAACGAUUUGGAGUCCCCUGUAAGGAAGAGAAAAGCUAAAAAGAGGACAAUUAAAGACCAAAUACAAGAUGCGCUGAAAGGUGAAAGCUACCAAGUAGUUUUCAUAUCUUCAACUAAAGGUGCAAUGAAAUUAGCAUUUAAGGGGCAUCAUUACAAAUAUUCCUUCAAGAGAAAUAAUUUAUCAAUUUAUCAAUGUUCUUAUAUACAAAAUGACGAAAAUGGUAAACAAGCACAGUGCAAAGCUAAAGUCGUAGUACGCAAUGAACGAGCAUAUGAAAUUGACCAAGAGCAUUGUCACGUCGAUUUAGCAUUUGACAAAAGUACAACACCAACAACAUUAAUUAUGAAAUCGGCACCAAAAUCUGUUGCAGAGGCGUCUGAGAUAAAUUCCUCUCCUCAGACGAGAAAAGAGAAACGUUCAAUAUCUCCCAUAAGAAGAUUGACCGCAUCAAAAAAAGAUUCACCGUCAAUUCCACCAAAAUAUGCCUUCACUAAAGAGGAAAACUCUUUAGGUGCUAAUUUAAAUGUCUCUUUUGAGCAAACAACAUCAAGUAAAGCUGAUGAAAUGCAAAUUAUGAAUAUAAACCCAGACGAUGAAAAUGAUAAUGAAGAUGAUGAUUCCAUGAGUCCAGAAGAUUUUAGAAAAAAAAUUAAAGCGCGCUUAAGCCGCUUUCUUUUAAAAAAAUAACUUCCGGCCUUAGAAAUAAUUUUUUAUUAAAAUAAAUUACCAUUAAAUUUUUGUAGCUUAUUCUAAGUUGCCUUUCAUUUGUUUUUUCUCUAAAUGCAUACAUAGGUAUAAAUUUAAAAAAAAAAUCUGCAGUCCCCUAAAAAUAAUUAAAAAUUUUUUUAAAAAUGAUAAAUUAGAUAUUUUCUGUUUUAUUUCGGUAUUAAAUUACAUAUUUUAUAUUCAAAUAAAUUAUUAUAUAAAGAAUAAAUGAUUAAGAUGCCUUAUUUUAGAAAUUUAAAAUUUUUAAUGUUAAUUAUAUAUAUAUAC